UUUUUCCUGUAUUUGACUGAGUACCGAGUUGUUAGAGACAAGACUACGAAAACGAAAGGUAAUCACAUUCUACAAAGCGAUUGUGUUAUCAGCAAUGGGCUUAGUAGUUAGUACCGACUACCGAUACGCCACAAAAAAUAAGAAUCGUAACUACUAACUUAAGGUGUUUGUUGCAUAAAUUAAUUAUAUUACAUAUUUGAUUCGGAGUUACAUAAAUAUAAAUAAUGAGGUAUGCUCAGUUAGUGAUGGGACCAGCUGGAAGUGGAAAGUCCACAUAUUGUUCUGCUAUAGCAGAACACAUUGAAAAUGAAAAAAAUUCAGUGAUGGUAGUUAAUUUGGAUCCAGCAGCUGAGCGUUUCAAUUACAAUCCAACUGUUGAUAUACGUGAAUUGAUUCAUGUUGAUGAUGCUAUGGAUGAUGAAAUACUGCAUUUUGGGCCCAAUGGAGGAUUGGUAUUUUGUAUGGAAUAUUUAAUAGAAAAUCAAGAUUGGCUAAGAGAACAAUUGGGUGAUGAUGAUGAUGACUAUAUUCUAUUUGAUUUGCCUGGACAAAUAGAAUUAUAUACCCAUAUGAAAACUGUUAAACAAUUAGCAGAAUUACUUCAAAACUGGGGAUUCAAUGUGUGUUCAGUUAUGCUGAUAGACUCUCAGUUUAUGGUAGAUGGACCAAAGUUCAUUUCUGGAACCAUGGCAGCUUUAUCGGUUAUGAUAAAUUUAGAACUACCUCAUGUUAAUGUUCUUUCAAAAAUGGAUUUACUUAGUAAAACUGCUAGAAAACAUUUGGACGAUUAUUUAGAGCCAGAUGCCCGUGCAUUGCUGUCUGAUGUAAAAAGUAAUACAAGCUGGGGAAAGAAAUAUCGGCAUUUAUCUAAAUGUAUUGGUCAAAUGAUCGAAGACUAUAGUCUUGUUCAAUUUGUGCCAUUAAAUAUAAAAGACGAAGAGAGUAUUUCUGGUUUACUAUAUACUAUUAACACAAUGAUUCAAUAUGGGGAAGAUCAAGAUGUCCGAAUGACUGAUUUUGAUCAACAAGAUUCAGAUGAUAAUGCAGGAGGUGUUGAAGAAUUUGAUUAGAAUAUAAAGUAGGCCACAUUUUUUUUAAUAAUAUAAUUUGUGUAUAAUUAUAUUUUGAUAAUAUUUUGUUUGCGUAACUGUCGACAUUA